CAAUGGCUAAAUUGGUCGGAGGAGAACUGCCUAUAAAUAGGAUACGCUAUGAUUCAAUUAUUCCUAAGUACAGCAAAAUUGAAUCCAUACCAUCCCAUCCAUAACUUCACAAAAAAUGGCCGUCGCAGCAUCUGAUGUUCAGCUCCUUCUUGUUUCUCUACUAACCACUUUUUUGUUUCUAUAUCUCACUAAGCUUUAUUUGAGAAGAUCAAAUUCGUCUAAAGCUGAUGAAAGCCAGCUUAAGCUUCCUCCAGGAAAUACAGGAUGGCCUUUUCUGGGUGAGACCUUGGAUUUUUACUCCAAAGCUCAAAAGGGUGUGCUUGAAAAUUUUGUGAUAGAAAGGAGUCAGAAGUAUUCCUCUAAGAUAUUCAAGACUUCCUUGAUUGGACAGCCAAUUGCAGUGGUUUAUGGAGCCGAAGGGAACAAGUUUCUGUUCUCCAACGAGAAGAAAUUGCUCAAGCAUUGGUGGCCAAGCGCCAUCGACAAACUCUUUCCCAACUCUGACCGAAAGACUAAUGCCGAUCGCGGACAAAUUAUGCGUAGGUUCAUCGCGUCUAUUCUCAAAGGGGAAGCUCUAAGAGAGUACGUUAAAACUUUUGACAUGACCAUAAAACAGCAAUUGCAAACUCACUGGAAUUCGCAACAAGUUUUUAUCAGUGAAAUGGCUAGAAAGUAUACAUUUGCAUCGGCCUGCAGGAUAUUCUUAGGAGUUGUCGAUCCAGUGAAGGCGGAUGAGCUCGAAGAAGGUAUAAAGAUCAUUGCAAUCGGCCUUCAUUCUGCCCCCAUUGAUCUUCCGGGAACAGCUCUGAACCGCGGUAUCAAAGCAUCCAAGAAGAUACGGAAAGAGCUUGAAGAAGUGAUUAGGCAGAAGAAGAUUGAUCUUGUGCAUUCUGCAAAUGAUCAGGAGAAAAAAACUUCGACCACCUCGGAGAAAGAUUUCAUUUUACACAUGCUUUUAUCCACAGAUGAUAAUGGCCAACCCAUCAAUGAAGUAGACAUGGCUAGUCACUUAACGGGUGUUCUUCAGGCAGCUUAUGCAAGUGUUCAUUCCACCAUUACCAACCUAAUGAAGUAUCUCGCUGAAUUUCCUGAAGUUUACAACGUGGUUUUAGAAGAGCAACAAGAAAUUGCAAAAUCAAAGGGAUCAAAAGACAGACUAUGUUGGGAAGAUGUGAGGAAAAUGAAGCACUCAUGGCACGUUGUCUCUGAAGUGUUGAGAUUACUACCACCAGGCGUUGGAGGGUUCAAAGAAACCAUCGCUGAUUUGAACUAUGAGGGAUACAAAAUCCCAAAAGGAUGGAAGAUCCAUUGGAAUUCAUAUGCUACCCACAAGAAUCCUGAAUACUUCCCUAAUCCUGAAAAGUUUGAUCCAUCAAGAUUCCAAGGUGAUGGUCCGACGUCUUAUACAUAUGUGCCGUUUGGAGGAGGGACGCGCAUGUGUCCUGGAAAUGACUAUGCAAGGAUCGCAAUACUGAUAUUUCUUCAUAAUGUGGCUAUGAAGUUUAAAUGGGAAAAGUCGAAUCCAAACGAGGACUUAGUGCAUGAUCCACUCCCAAGGCCAGCUCAAGGACUUCCAGUUUACCUCCAUCCUAUUUAAAUCACUAUAAAAAAUAUUCCCUGAAAAUCAACCCGCUUGUGUUUUGUGUUAAUCAAACUGUUCUACCACUUCAAUUAUGUAUUUUAUUCUUCGUUUCUCUCUGUCACGAUUCUAUCAAUAUGUGACAUAUAUGGACGAAUAAUAGUUAAUGAUGUUGUAUUUGUCUAAUUAUAUCCUUUACAUCUAACUAUUGUGCCAUGCACACGAGAUUAUGGUGUUAUAGUGGCGCUUGGUUGGGUAA